AUGGCUACGGAAGAUGAUAACUUCGAUAUUGACAUCUAUGGGGAUGGGGGCAAUGAGCAGGGAGACCAGAAUCACGACGACUCAGAGCUCGUACUAGACGCCCCGGAGACGGCACCGCAAAACCCUCCUCACUCCGCACCCCAGAACCAGAACACGCCUCAGGCGCCUGCGCAAAGUUCGACACAAACAAAGCCUCAACCCCAACCCGUUCCUUCCACGAAUGGAGACCACAACAUGCCGCAACACCAGCCCCCUCACCAGGACGCCCCGGCGCCUCAACAAGGUGUGAAGCGCAAGGAAUAUGACGAUCGCCCUACCGAUGAAGCAGCCACCACGGCUUUGCUGAUUUCGGAUCUCUUCUGGUGGACAACGGACGAUGACGUCCGUGGUUGGGCUGUCGACGCUGGCUGCGAGCUCGAGCUUAAGGACGUGACCUUCAGCGAACACAAGGUUAACGGAAAGAGUAAAGGUCAAGCAUUUGUGGAAUUUACCACUCCCCAAGCUGCCACAGCUGUAAAGCACAAGAUCGAAGAAGCCGGCCAAACAGGCCGGAAAUAUAUGGUCAACUACACCAACCCUCAUACCAACCCCUUCCGAACCCUCCCUAAGGAUGCACCAAUGCGCAAAGAUGGCAACCGGGGGCCCGGCGCUGGCUUCAAUGCCGGCGGCAAUAAUAUGAACUACGGCAUGAAUAACAACAUGGGCGGUGGUGGCUUCCGCGGCCGCGGUGGCUACAACAACCGAGGCAACUUCAACCGAGGAGGCAUGAACAACUUCAACCAAAUGGGCGGCUUCCAAGGCGGUGCUGCACCGGGGAACAUGAUGGGCGGUUUCCAGGGCGGGCCCAUGGGCGGCGGCGGAAUGCAAAACUACGGCUUCAACAACCGGGGGGGCAUGAUGGGCGGAGGCAUGCGCGGUGGACCUGGAGGCAUGCGCGGCGGCCGGGGAGGAAACAUGGGCGGGAACAUGAUGGGCAUGCCUGGGAUGAACCCGAUGGGUGGCAUGGGCAUGAACCCUAUGGCUGGCGGUAUGAAUCCGAUGAUGGGCGGCAUGGGCGGAAACAUGGGCAUGCAGGGUCAAGGUUUCCAAGGUCCCAACCCUGCAUUCAAUCAGGGCUUCUUCAAUAACCAGGGAGCUGGCGGUGGUGACGCAUCGUGGAACCCUCACGGUGCGAAACGCAGUCGACAGGAGUAA